UCAGGUAGUAACAAGCUAAAGGUGUUAGAGAAGUUUUGGCAUUCCGUUAAUUGUGACUAAAACAGCGUCAAUAAAGUUUGUGAUGUGUCUUUAGAACUUGUAAACAUAAUUGUGAUUACGAACAGUAUUAUUACAAAAAUAGAGAAGCUUGCUAAAUAUUAACAUGUCUUCCCUCCAAAAGUCGAUUUUGAAAUCAAAAUUACCACCGUCGGGUGUCAAUUUUGGAAUCGGCUCUAGGAUUAGCAAAUCAAAGGGAUUUCAACGUAAAAGAGAUUACGAUCCAGUGCAAUGGAUUCCUUAUUUUGAUCAUUCACAGGAUGUAAAAAUAGGAGAUGACACGUUUCAUAUUUACACUAAGGGUACAGAGGGUCCGACGUUAGUAUUGUUACAUGGGGGUGGUUACAGUGCAUUAACAUGGGCAGAAUUUACUAAAUCAAUUAUGACUAUGGUAGUAUGUAAAGUUAUGGCAGUUGAUCUUAGAGGUCAUGGAGAUACUCAAACAUCGAACGAAGAAGAUUUAUCCGCUGAUACCUUAGCAGAGGACGUUGCAGCUAUUAUAAAAGCUACAACAGAAAAUAAUCCUGUGAUCCUAGUGGGACAUAGUAUGGGUGGUGCAGUAGCUGUUAGAGCCGCAUCAUUAAUUACAAAUUUAUGUGGAUUAGGAGUUAUUGAUGUUGUCGAAGGAACAGCAAUGGAUGCAUUGGCAUCUAUGCAAAGUUUUCUAAGAUCUCGACCAUCUAGUUUUAUUUCUAUUUCUCAAGCUGUGGAGUGGUGUGUACGAAGUGGCCAAAUCCGUAACAUACAAUCAGCUAAGGUGUCAGUUCCUGGACAAAUUAAAAACAUCGAAACUAAUAAACUAGCCACUCAUGAUAUCGAUUUGUUAUCACAAUCGUCAUGCGAAUGUAACUCAGAGACUACGAUUCCACGAGAAGAUAUUAUUCAAGAAGAGGAACCAAUAAAUAUGCCACCACCACCUAUUCCAACAAAUACUACUGCUACUAAAAAAUAUGUUUGGAGGAUAGAUCUAUCCAAGACUGAACAGCAUUGGUUUGGAUGGUUUAAGGGUUUGUCAACGGCAUUCUUAAAUGUGCCAGCUCCGAAAGUACUAUUGUUAGCCGGCGUCGAUAGAUUAGACCGCGAACUAACUGUUGGACAAAUGCAAGGUAAAUUUCAAAUGCAAGUACUACCAGCAUGUGGACAUGCGGUACAUGAAGAUGUUCCAGACAAAGUAGCAGAAGCAAUUGCUACCUUUAUGGUUAGACAUAAAUUUGCGGAAUCAGCAUCAGAUUUCCCACGAACAUUUCCUGCUUGUUAGGAUUAUAUAAAAAGGUACCUUGUUAAGUAACAUAAUUACAA